ACACACACACACCCCAGUCAGAGGGAGGCAACCGCUGCGAGGAGUCAGAGCCGAGACGCCCGAACAAUAACCAGACAGCUCCCCGAGCCCGGACACACUCCGGGGGAGCACCGGAGGCUAAAGCCAGCCGGAGACAGAGCAGAGCAGAGGAGAGGAGAGGAGAGGAGCGGGCAGGGACGUCCAGCACCGGCGGGAGGAAUCACCGCCACACGGCCGUUAUAUGUGAACGCCGCCGCGGGAUGAAGGGAUUGAUGCGCACACCAAAACAUGUUUUCCUCUGGGACAAAAAACACAUCUCCUUCCUGAACGGCCAAAUGAAGUGGCAGAAGAAGAUAUUUCUGGCCCUCAUUGUCAUCUGUACUGUCAGUCUUCUGCUGCACCAUGGGGGCCACUUCACCUGGAACAUGGAGGCCUUCCGCUUUGGCUGCUCUCACCAGUACCCAGGAUCAAAGCCGAAACACACCAACAUUGUCUUCUUGAAGACUCACAAAACGGCCAGCACCACCAUGCAGAACAUCCUAUUCCGUUUUGCAGAGCGCAACAACCUGAUGGUGGCGUUGCCAGUACAAGCAUGUGGUCAUCAGUUCUGCUACCCACGUUCCUUCUCCUCUCACUUCGUCCAUCUGCACACGCUGCGACCAAACUUGAUCACCAACCACAUGCGCUUCAAUAAGACGGCAUUGCAGCGCCUGAUGCCAAAUGAUACACUAUACAUUACAAUCCUGAGAGAACCAGCCUCCAUGUUUGAAUCCUUGUUUACAUACUACAGCCGACACUGUAUGAGUUUCAGGAGAGUCCCGAAUGGCUCUUUGGAAGCGUUCUUGGCGGAGCCCUUCCGUUACUACAGGCCACAAGAGGUAGAGUCCAUGUAUGCACGCAACACCUUGACCUUCGACUUGGGUGGAGACAAAGAUCAUCCGUCAAAAGACUUGGCUUAUGCACAAAACUUUGUUGCGGAAGUUGAAAAAGUGUUCUCCCUAGUGAUGAUUUCCGAAUACUUUGAUGAGUCACUUAUUCUUCUUCGCCAUCUUCUCUCUUGGGAUUUGGAGGACAUCCUGUACGUCAAGCUAAAUAUGCGGACUGAAAGUUCCAAGAAGAGGUUGUCUCCAGGUCUUCCUGAAAAGAUCCGUGCCUGGAAUUCCAUAGAUACAUAUCUUUAUGAAUAUUUUAAUGCUUCAUUCUGGCUCAAACUGUCAGAUUUGGGUUUAGACUGUGUGGCGAAGGAGGUCCAACUUCUUCGACAGGUACAAGAGAGGCUAAUGAGAAGUUGCUUUGGUGGGAAAAUGCCACUUCCACGCCCAGCUGCAGAGAUCAAGAACAAGGAUCUCCGUCCAUGGCAGCCAAGCGACAAAGUCGACAUCGUCGGCUAUGACCUCCCGGUAAAUAUAAGCCAUGAGGCACAGGAGCACUGCCUCAAGUACAUCAUGCCAGAGAUCUCAUACACGCGCAUCCUUCUACAUUCCCAGUCCUUGCGACAUCGUCGAAGUUAUCAGAAUCGGCCUCCACAAAAGUCACACAUCCUCCAACAUCACAUGCGCACAACCCUGCCUCGGCAUUCUCAGGUCCGCCUCAGCCAACCAGCGCCCUCUGUUGAUCAGAGCCCAGACUCAGGAACAGAGUCCAAAUCUAACGUGAAGCGAAGUGAAGGAACUACGAAGCUAGGGCUUUAAUUCUCAAGCAAAAUGUGAAAAUCUCAUCAGAGCCCAGCAGACUGCACACUUUGACUCAUCCUGAUAGAAAUAAAGACUAUGAUGCUCGAUUAAUGAAACCUUUUGGGAGUCAAAUUUGUAUUUAGGAAAGCAAAGUAAAUUGGGUUUUCUCUCUGAAAACCCUUUUUAUUAUGACUAAUGAAGACAAAGGGUUAACCACGUCUGGACUUCAACCACAUUCUCCUCCUUUGAUGUGUGAAACAGUAAAAGUGAUGGAAAACCAAAUAGCAAGGACUAAACUGGAGCUAGACUCUAUGGUGACAGCAACUGAUUGCAGCUGGUUUCAGGUGAAAGUGGUUGUUUAAAUUAAACCAGUUGAUGUAAGUCCUGGAACAAAUGACAAGGUACUGAUAAUCUGCUCCGUUGUAAGGCACAGAGUGUACUUUGUGUGCACCAGACUAGUUCUGUAUCCGAUUACUUUCCUUUAUUUUCCCUUUCUUCAGCUCUGGUUUCCAUGCCUUCUAAUUAGCAUAUAUGUUACUUAAAGUCUUUCGGACACACAAUGACACUUGUGGAUCAACUGUCAGGCUUUCGAAGACCCACAUUGAGUUCACCUUUUUAACCUUUCUUCUUUAUAAGGUCCAGAACCUAAAGCAGCAAAGAGAGCGAGAAGAGAAAUGGCAGAGUCACUCAGACAUUACAUAGAUGUCUGGAUGCUGAGUUUUGGCCACCCAUUAUUGUUAUGACUCACACAGAGACAGAGCCCAGAGACAGCGUAAAAUCUGUGCCUCCUUAACCUUUGACCACUCUUGCCUCCCCCUGGAAUACUUUCUCCAUUUCUCAGCCAGGCGCCCUUGCUGUUAUACCCUACAUCUGUACAGAAGCACCAAUGUCUUGGUUUAGUGCUGUCCAGAUCUGCUUUGGCCCUAAAUGCCACUGGCCAUCUCGUCUUUCAAACAAGCCCUGUGGAAGUGAAGGCUUCAGCAUUGGAGACUGACACGUGAACAUGGCUACUAUUGCAAUAAGAUUCAUAAUCUUUUGAUAUUAAAGGCAUGGAUUCUUCAAUCAAGCCAGAACAUCUUUGCCCCAACUGAAGCCUACGUAUGAACAACGCAGGGCGAAGACGUGAAGACGCAGCCUCUGGCAAAAGCUCUAAGGUUACACACUUGUACAUUUUCAUUGGGGACAUGUUCGACCAAUGAAAAGCUGCUCGUUCUGAACUGAAUCUGAAAUAUUAGAGAGAAGGCAGACUUAAAACCCAGUAAGACAGGUUGGCCGGUGAACCUGUUGGGGUCUUGAACUGUCAAACCUUAUCCACUUGAACGGUUGUCUGCUCAUAUUUAAGCUGUAAUUUAAUUUACAUCAUGGCAAGAGGAACCAUUAACGUAACUUGAAUGCUAAGUUAUAAGGAGAUUGUUUUAGAGAUUACAUAAGAGUUGCACAUGUGAGUCCGGAAAUGACUCUGCCUCAUGUUGAAAGAGCAGCAACAGCGUGGCUGGUAUUUUGAGUAUGUAUGGGGAGUCCGGGUGUGGGUGUGGGUGUGUGGGUUUGUGGGUUUGUGUCACUAUGGCAAACAUGAUUGUAAGGAAUAUUAGACUAAUGUGUACUACCACAAAACCAGCUUUGAGCCAUUUGGGUUUGUGUCUGUGGAUGUUUUUUUUAAACACUGUAAGCUAUGAGGACGCAGUGGAAACAAAAGUUAAGCCCAAAAAGAUUCAUUCCCGCAACAAGCAGUUUGUUUCUGAUGAAAAAUAAAAAGAAAGAUUGAUGGUAACAUUGUUAUAGGUGUGUCAACCUUGAUAAAAUAAUAAAUUAAUUACACAAUGACAAGUUAUCAAACAACAUAGAAGCUUUUUUUUGGCAUGACAGUUAGUAAACCCUUCCUAAAGUUGUUGAUCACCCACUGGUAUUUUGGCCGUUUCCUUUCGGAGAUGAUCUUCAAGUCUUGCAGGUAGGAAGUCCUCCUUGCCAUCACCCAAAUUUUUGGCUUCCUCCAUCAGAUUUAAAUUGGGACUCUGGCUGGCUAGCUCCAACGUUUCAAAAGAAACUUGCUGGUAGGAAUAUUUUUGGGCUUAGCUGUAAAUGAAGGAAUGGACAGGCAUUUUAACACUGAGAAAUGCAAUGCAGCUGCGGAACAAACGGUAAUCGCUCAAAAGGUGUUAGAACAAAUUACCACACUGGUUUAAUCCUAUGUAAACAGGGCAAAAAAUAUAUUUUGUGUGAGUUCAUUAAAUGUCUUAGUUAUUAUCAGGGAUCAAGUAUUCCCAGUGCUGUGUUGUAUUUUCGCCUUUUGUUUGUAGUGAGGAAAGGUUGCAUUUCCAUCACAUUAUCAUUGUGUCUACUGCAAACCUCUUAAGGCAGUGCAGAUGGAAUAACACAAAGACCAGCAAUAUAAAAUAUUAAUUCUGAUCUGAUCGCUUCUGAAGCUCUAACGAGCCCAAUCACCCAAUAUUUUUUUUUGUUUGACUCUAUUACAUGACGUAUAACAAAGCACAUAAACGAAGCAUUAUGUUUUCAGAAGGGUGUGAAUAUUUAAAAGUCAUAUAAAAGACCUUGAAUAUACCAGGUGACCUCAUUUUUCAAGUUUUGCAAUGCAUAUUGUUUUUUUUGAAGUAAUUUUACAUUUGAAGAGACAUGUUGUAUUUCUUGAAGGUGCAUAACACUGUAAUAGCAGAGUGACGAAUGGUCGGUUUCAUUUUACAAACCCACCAAAGAUGCAUUAUAGGAUAAUCUCAUCUUUGUAUAUGUUCUUAAAUGUUUGUAGAAAAUGCAUACAAGGACUCACCUUUUAAAACAGCUGACAGCCAAUAGUGAUUUUCUAUUGUAUUUGAAUCAGUUUGUGUUAAAACAUGUUGUGCUAAUUGCAUCUAUUCAUGGGGAUGAUAAAAUAAACUGAGAUGCUUUGAAAGUACUCAAAAGCAUAACAGGUUUGUGUGUGUAUAACACUGAAGUCUUGCAAAGACAUUUGAAAAACACACUUUGUCAUGUUUGGGUCUAUUUUCUUUGCCCACAUGCAGAACACCACAGGAGAACAGGAAAUCAGUUAAAGACGGUUUAUUGAAAUUCAAAGAUAAAUCAGAACGAAUGUGUAUGUGGUCCCAGGGGAGGAUUCUUGAAGUCGUCGGCACACUACGGGACAGCAAGGAGAGACGGUGAGUUUUGAGUACUUGAAAAUGGGAGCUGUGAGAAUGAAUUAGAGCGAUCUUACUUAUGGAGACGAUGAUCUCGGCCCGGGGGGAGAAAAUAGGAGACGCUGAGGAUCAAACAGGAGAAAAAGAGAUGGAACUCGGGCAACCAGUGGGUAACUUCCACGGCGUCAUGAAGGGAGCGAAAUCCAAAAGCCAGGAGUAGGUCUUCUCGAGGAGAAUCCACAGCUUCACAGGGAAACACCUGAAGAAAGAGGACGAGGAAUUACUCAAAAUGUUUGUCAAGGAAGAGAUCACAGGGAGCUAACUCUGGAGGGCUCAGAGUACCAUAGAAGGCUAACACUCAGGCAUUGAAGUGCUGGCAGUCAGCUUCUCUUAUGCUCCAGGAGAUAAUGACAGGAUUGAAGACAGGUGUGUCUAAUCGUGGGAACACCUCUCCCGGUAAGCAGCCUCUGGCACCAUCUAGUGGAGAAACAGUGGAGCAGCAAAAGAACCCAAAACAAAAAAUCCUGGAACCCGACAGUACACCCCCUCAACAGUCGCCACCUGGUGGCCGGGAAGAACAAGAGGGUAGCGAGGAACGAUAGUCCUCAAUGAGCGAGGGAUCAAGAAUAAAAGACCCGGGGACCCAGAGGCACUCCUCCGGACCGUAGCCCUCCCAAUCGAUGAGGUACAGCCAGCCAUGACCUCGCUGACGGGAGUCCACGAUCCGGCGGACAGAAUAGACGAGAUGGCCAUCAAUGUCACGGGCGGGAGGAGGGGGCUCGGAAGGAGGGCGCAGCGUGCUGGUCUGGACGGGCCUCUCUGCGGAUGAAUGCGCAGAGAGGCAGGGAGGCGAAGGCGAACUGCAGACAUUCUGAUGAUGGUUUCAAUCUCAAACGGGCCGAUAAACCUGGGAGAGAGUUUUCUAGACAUGGAUUUAAGUGGAAUGUCUCGGGAGGAUAACCAAACCUUCUGUCCUGGGGUGUAGGUGGGAGCAGGAGUCCUUUUAUGGUCAGUAAUGCGCUUAUUAUGUUCAGCAGUGUUGUUGAGUGCGUUGAUGGUGGUUCUCCAGAUGUUCCGACAGCGGCGGAUGUGGUGUUGAACUGAGGUUACGGCAAUGUUAUUUUCUUCGGUGGAGAGUAGUGGUGGCUGAUAGCCUAGAGAUGCUUCAAACGGAGACAGACCAGUAGCAGCAGAAACACGGCUGUUAUGAGCAUAGUCCACCCAAGGAAGAAAAUGACUAAAGUCGGAAGGGUUAGUGGAGGUGAAACAACGGAGGGUCGACUCUAGUUCCUGAUUCAUUCUCUCAGUCUGAACAUUAGUCUGUGGGUGGAAUCCAGAAGUCAAAGAAACUUUUGCAUUAAGUGCAGAACAGAAAUUUCUCCAAACCUGUGAGAUAAACUGGGGUCCUCGGACUGACAGUAUCUCUUGUGGGAUGCCAUGCAAGCGGAAAACAUGUUUAACAAGAAGUUGGGCGGUCUGAAACGCAGUAGGAAGUUUUCUAAGAGGAACUAAAUGACAAGCCUUCGAGAAACGGUCGAUAAUGGUGAAAAUGGUGGUCAAACAUUUAGAUGGGGUAAACCUGUGACAAAAUCUAUGGAAAUAUGGGGCCACGGACGUUUGGGUAUAUGUAAUGGUUGUAAAAGACCUGACGGGGGCUGAUGGGAUGGUUUAUUUCUUGAACAAACUGAACAGGCUAGAACAAAUUCUUUAACAUCUUUGUGAACUGAUGGCAACCAGGAUCUACGAUUAAUGAGGGAGAUAGUGCGGCUGAUACCUGGGUGUCCGGAAAACUUGGACGAGUGGAUCCAGUUGAUAAACCGGACUCGAACAGCUGUGGAUACAUAGAUCUUGUUCGGUAGGCAAGAGUCCGGCACUGGUUCGGAUUGUUGGGCUUGUCGAAUUGGGUCCUCGAUCUCCCAUGUGACGGCAGCAACGUGGAGGAAGGAUAGUGGCUGGAGUCUUUUCAGAAUCGUCAGGGGAAUGAAGGCGGGACAGAGCAUCUAGUUUAGUGUUACGGGUUCCUGGACGGUAAGAAAUAGAAAGAUUGAACCUGGAAAAGAAUAAUGACCAGCGAGAUUGACGAGGAUUUAGCCUUUUAGCAGAUUGGAGAUAUGACACAUUUUUGUGAUCAGUCCACACCAGCACUGGCUGUUCGGCCCCCUCCAACAAAUGCCGCCACUCCUCCAGGGCUAACUUAAUAGCUGGGAGUUCCCAAUCCCCCACAUCAUAGUUGCGUUCAGGGGGAGAUAAUCUACGAGAAAAGAAAGCACAGGGAUGAAUCUUGUUAUCUAGGGCAGAGACUUACGAAAGUACGGCUCCCACUCCAGUAUCUGAUGCAUUGACUUCAACAAUAAACUGCUUUGUAGGAUCUGGCUGAAUGAGUACGGGUGCAUUGGCGAAAAGAGUCUUGAGUUUUCUAAAGGCCGCGUCUGCCUCCUGGGGCCAAUUGAAAGUGGUCUUGGUCGAAGUAAGGGUGGUUAACUGUAAAGCUGUCUGGCUGUAGAGACGAUACAGAGAUGAUAGAAAUUAGCAAAUCCGAGUUGUUUACGUGUCUCAGGGAUCGGCCACUCCAACACAGCCUUGAUCUUUUCCUCCAUUGGUCUUACCUGCCCGCCCUCUAGAAUGGAUCCUAGGAAUGAGACUGAUGCUUUAUGGAACUCGCAUUUCUCUGCUUUCACAUACAGUUUGUUUUCUAGGAGACGUUGUAGGACAAGACGGAUGUGAUGUCUGUGGUCAGCCAGGGACUUGGAGUAGAUCAGGAUGUCAUUUAGAUAAACGAAAACAAACACAUUCAGGAAAUCUCUCAGCACAUCAUUAACAAUGGCUUGAAUAAAUGCUGGUGCAUUAGACACCAGCAUGACCAAAUAUUUGAAAUGACCAAUGGGAGUUUUAAAUGCCGUCUUCCAUUCAUCACCUCGGCGAAUACGGAGUAAAUGAUAUGCAUUCCUGAGGUCUAAUUUGGUAAAAAUUGUGGCUCCAUGGACUGGUUCAAGCACAGAUGAUAACAAAGGGAGAGGAUAUUUGCUUUUUACCGUUAUCUGAUUUAGCCCGCUCUAAUCGAUGCAGGGUUGCAAGGAACCAUUUUUUUACCGACAAAAAAGAAACCAGCACCCAGGGAAAAGGAGGAUGGUCGGAUGAUGCCAGCGGCUAAUGAUUUCCUGAUGUAUUUCUCCUUUGUUUCUCUUUUGGGAGAUGUUGUACAGACGGCUGGAGGGUGAAGGUGCCCCAGGAAGAAGGUCGAUAGCACAGUCAUAGGGGCGGUGGGGUGGUAGUGAGAGUGCCUUCGAUUUACUGAAAAGAGUGGUCCAGGUUCCAGAGAGUGGCUCGACUGAGCGGAGUCCGGUUGCAGAUGGGCUUGGCUGCGGUGGAGGGCGGACAGGUAAGUUCUGGCAUGAAGGGGGACAGAGGAGUGGUGCGACUGCCAGCCGGAGAAAAUAGGAGAUGCCGAUUAUCAAACAGGAGAGGUGAAGGUGAAACUCAUGCAACCAAUGGGUAAGUUCCACGGCGUCACGAGGGGAGCGAAAUCCAAAAGCCAGGGCUAGGUCUUCUCGAGGAGGAUCCACGGCUUCACAGGGAAACAUAAAGAAAGAGGACAACGAGGAAUUACUCGAACUGUUUGUCAAGGAAGAGAUCACAGGGACCUAACUCUGGAGGGCUCAGAGUACCAUAGAAGGCUAACACUCAGGCAUCGAAGUGCUGGCAGUCAGCUUCUCUUAUGCUCCAGGAGAUAAUGAGAGGAUUGAAGACAGGUGCGUGGAAUUGUGGGAACACCUCUCCAGGUAAGCAGCCUCUGGCACCAUCUGGUGGAGAAACAGUGGAGCAACAAAAGAACCCAAAACAAAAAGCCCACAAAGAAAAACAAAGAAUUCUGGAACCCGACACUUUUGUACUUUAAAGGGCAAAUGCCAUCAUAUACAAUUGGGCGUUAUUUGUAUAAAGUUGCUCAAAUAACAUAAAUAUAAAACUAUGUAUAGAUUUAACAAAGUUUUCUUUCUAUCUUCACACAAGAAAAUUAGCAGCGACAAUUUUUUUCACUGUCUGAGCCAAAUGAAUGAUAGUCAGUUUUCUGACUUUCCUUUCAAAUUCCAGUGUGGUUGAUGUAAACGUGAAGUGAAUUUUUAGGGACAAUCUAUAUGUUGUGUGAAAACUAGUUGUACUGUAGAGGGACCUGCAGAGUGUGAGUGGUGUAACAGUUUAUUCAGAACACGGCUACAUUAGUGCAGUGAGGUCAAACCCUAAAAAAUAAGCACACUAAGUAAUUAUCUGUAGAUAACUGAGACUUUUAGCUGCUUCCUUUGACAAGAGUAAUGUUUUCUACAACCACUGCCCCGCUCACAAGUAAUAAUUAGACUAAUCUAGUCACACAGCUUGUUGAAAAAAGUGAGAUGAUGCAUGCAUUUGUGCAUCAAACCAAUGUUGUUCAGAGCUGGAGCAGGUCUGAAUACUGCCAGAAUUUAAUUCUUUGGAAUCACACAAGGUGAUUUGCUACUUCGGCCAGUUAGAAGGCCGACUGAGCUAAUCAGAAUUUGCUUUUAAACCCUGGCAGGGUUGCUGGUUUGUUAGGGCUCCAAUCUGUGACUUUGUCGUCCUCAGUGGAUAAAUUAUGACAUAAAUAUAUUGUGAGCUGCAAUUUGAUCUAGAAACUUUAUCAUCACUACUUUCCUGUUAGAUUUGUUGUCAAAAUUAUGAUCUAAGUCUUUUAAAGCGAACCAUAAAGUCUGUAGUUUAACUUAUUCUGUACUGGGCUUGGGGGCAAAAAGUACAUUUCACAAUUUAAAAACAAUUAGGAGAUGAUUUUAUGUUUGGGUUUUUUUUGUAGAUUUUCAUUUCAUAAUGUGAAAUUGAAGUAAUUUUGAACAUCUUGCGUCCUGCAGGUUUUGUACAAAACUGUGAUGUUUGAGUAAUCGCAUUAUUUGUGUAAAGGGUUUAAAGCUGAACUACUGAAUCAGAUUUUCUGCCAUCUGUCCAGCGUAAUUUAAAUAGAGAUGAGGGUAAUGAAUCGGAUCAAAGCCGACGUGUGGAAAUAUUUCUUGUCUAACUAGGAUUCAGAUUAAAAAUGUGUCAGGUUUUUUUUUUCCUGUAUUAGUUAUUCUUUAAAAUAUUUCUCCCUGGCAGUGAUUUGCUGUAAGUGCUCCAUUUUGUCUGAAAGAGGCAUUUGCAGCCCUUGUUUUUUCUUUUUAGUGGAAACAUGUAAUAGUCAUGAUGUUGUUUUCCUCUGUUUUUAAAAAAAUGUGAAAGGCACUAUAAAAAUAUCUACAGUAAAAUCUCACAUUCACAUCAGCAACUCUUACUUUUAUUAAUGUGAGCCUUCGGUAACAGAAUAUGUUUGUGUUUAGUAGAACAGGGAAAAGUGAAGGGUUUUAUAGAACAUGUCAUUUUGCUGACCCAUGUUGUCCUUUUUCUGGACACUUUUUAUUUCUCCCCAUUUCCUGUUUUUUUUAGGAUUUAUCUGUGAAUUAA